UCUAUUGAGGACAUUUUAAGCAUUUUGCUCCGCUAUAACAAAAGUUAUUUCAUACCAAAGUUGUGCAAUUUUACUUUUGAGGCGUGACAUGGGAGGAAAAGAAUAUAUUAUGGAUUUCGAAUUCGAAUUCUGAGUCUGGAGUCUUUUAAAUACUCGGGAGGGUGCACUUUUUCUCAUUUGCAAGCCUAUUAGAUGCUAAUUUAGAUUAGUCGGUCCGUGUGCUUAACAAAAAAAAGAAAAGUUGGGCAAUUAUCGGUUUUUUCAUUUAGAAUUCAAUUAUUUGGGAACCAAAUCAAACCAGGCAAGAGCAUGCUCAUCGCGAGUCAUACUCCUGCUGAAAUUAGAAAACGGUGUUUUCACUUCUUUUGUCUCUUUCGUUCAUCAUCAAUAAAUGUCCACAACAGAUUCCCUUAAACCAGUUCAUGACGAUAUUAUUAUUUAUUGUUACUAUAAAAAGAUUCUAAAGAAAAAUUAAAUAUUCCUUCGAUUGCGACAUAAUUUUGUCUUUGUGCGGUUUAUCCAUUGCUUUCAACUUUAAACGGAAUGUGGCUAUCGUUAUCAUAUAUCAUCGGUUUCUUCGUGACUCAUCGCUCAUUGAAAUGGAAGAAGAUAGAACAGCAGCAACAGGAAGCAAGAAUCUGGUUUUUGCUGUUAAUGGACAGAGGUUUGAGCUAUCAAGUAUUGACCCUUCUACUACUCUGCUUGAAUUCUUGCGUUCCGAUACUUCUUUCAAGAGUGUCAAGCUCAGUUGUGGUGAAGGUGGUUGUGGUGCUUGUAUUGUUUUGGUCUCAAAGUAUGAUCCAGUGCUUGACCAAGUUGAGGAUUUUACAGUAAGCUCGUGUCUGACACUUCUUUGCAGUAUAAAUGGAUGUUCAAUUACCACUACUGAAGGCCUGGGGAAUAGCAAAGAUGGAUUCCACUCAAUUCAUGAAAGGUUUACUGGAUUCCAUGCUUCCCAAUGUGGCUUUUGUACUCCUGGAAUGUGCGUUUCACUCUUUGGAGCACUUCUUAAUGCUGAAAAGACUGAUCGACCAGAACCCCCUCCAGGAUUCUCCAAACUGACCGCCACUGAAGCUGAAAAAGCCAUUGCAGGAAAUCUUUGUCGUUGUACCGGAUAUCGACCAAUUGCUGAUGCAUGCAAAAGUUUUGCAGCUGACGUUGAUAUAGAGGAUUUGGGAUUUAACUCAUUUUGGAAGAAGGAGGAGACUCAAGAAGAAAAGGUAAACACAUUACCUUUCUAUGAUCGUAAUAAUCAGAUUUGUACUUUCCCUGAAUUUUUAAUGAGGGAAGUCAAGUCUUCCUUACAUUUGGAGUCUAAAAGAUUUUCUUGGUACCAACCUUCUAGCUUUGAGGAACUUCAGAGCUUACUAAAAACAAGUGAUGCCAACAAUGGAGUCCGAAUGAAGCUAGUGGUUGGUAAUACAGGUAUUGGUUACUAUAAGGAAAUAGAACGCUAUGAUAAAUACAUUGAUGUCAGGUAUAUUCCUGAGCUUUCAAUUAUUAGGAGGGAUGAGUCUGGGAUUGAAAUUGGGGCUGCAGUGACCAUUUCUAAAGCUAUUGAAGCUCUGAGGGAAGAAAGGAAGGAUGGAUUUCUCUCAGAAAGUAACAUGGUGUUCAAAAACGUAGCAGCCCACAUGGAGAAAAUUGCUACCAAAUCUGUAAGAAAUACCGGCAGUAUUGGGGGAAAUCUGGUGAUGGCACAAAGGAAAUGUUUUCCUUCAGAUAUUGCUACGAUACUUCUUGCAGCUGGUUCAUUUGUUAAUUUAACAGCUGGUGCCAUGCAUGAAAAGCUUACCUUGGAGGAGUUUUUGGAAAGGCCUCCUUUGGAUCCCAAAAAUGUACUCUUGACUGUUAAAAUCCCAAAUUAUGAAUCAAUCAAGACCACAACUCCUGAAAGAGAUAGCAAAUUAUUAUUUGAAACCUUUCGAGCUGCACUGCGGCCCCUCGGAAAUGCUCUGUCCUAUCUGAAUGCUGCUUUCUUGGCUGAAGUUUCCUACUCAAAUUUAUCUGGGGGAAUUGUGCUAAGAAACUGUCAGUUGGCUUUUGGUGCUCUUGGAACCAAACAUUCAAUUAGAGCAAGGAAAGUUGAGGAAUUUUUAACUGGAAAAUUGUUGACCGUCGAUGUUAUAUAUGGAGCUGUUAAAUUAGUUAAAGCAGUGGUACCUGAAGAUGGGACUAGAAAUCCUGCUUAUAGGUCAAGCUUGGCUGUUGGUUUUCUUUUUAAGUUUCUUAGCCCCUUAACAGAAACUCUUCGAAAUGAUUGGUUGGGCGAAUAUUUUACAACUUCAAUAUCCAAGGAUGUAAAAUUGAAACAUAAUUAUGAUACCCUGGACCCCACAAACUUCCCUCCUUUGAUAUCAUCAUCAAAGCAGGUGAUUCAAAUAAAUAAACAAUACCAUCCUAUUGGUAAGCCAGUUACAAAAUCAGGAGCUGCUCUUCAAUCUUCUGGUGAGGCUGUUUUUGUGGAUGACAUUCCCUCUCCUAAAAAUUGUCUAUAUGGAGCCUUCAUCUAUAGCAAAAAGCCUUUUGCAAGGGUAAAGAGUAUAGAAUUCAAUCCUAAAUUGCUUCCUGAUGGAGUCAAUACACUUAUUUCUUUCAAAGACAUACCAAAUAAUGGGGAGAAUAUAGGUUCUAAGACCAUAUUUGGUACUGAACCUUUGUUUGCUGAUGAGUUUACUCGAUCUUCUGGACAACGUCUUGCUCUUGUGCUUUCAGAUACACAAAAACAUGCAGAUAUAGCAUCAAAUGUUGCAGUGGUUGAUUAUGACCUGGAAAAUCUAGAACCUCCCAUUUUAACUGUAGAAGAGGCUGUUGAAAGAUGUAGCCUUUUUGAAGUCCCUCCUUUUGUCUACCCCAAACAAGUUGGCAAUAUAUCAAAAGGAAUGGCUGAAGCUGAUCACAAGAUACUCUCUGCUGAGAUAAAACUUGGGUCCCAAUAUUAUUUCUAUAUGGAGAAUCAAACUGCUCUUGCCAUCCCUGAUGAAGACAAAUGCAUAAUGGUUUACAGUUCAAUUCAAUGCCCUGAGUAUGGACAUGCUGUGAUUGCAAGAUGUCUUGGGGUUCCUGAACAUAAUGUGCGAGUAAUUGCAAGAAGGGUUGGAGGAGGCUUUGGCGGAAAGGCCAUAAAAGCCAUGCCUGUUGCAACAGCUUGUGCACUUGCAGCAUUCAAGUUACAGCGCCCUGUCAGGAUGUAUCUCAGUCGCAAGACCGAUAUGAUAAUGGCCGGAGGAAGGCAUCCCAUGAAAAUAACUUAUAAUGUGGGAUUCAAAUCUAAUGGGAAAAUUACAGCCUUACAGCUUGAUAUAUUGGUUGAUGCUGGCAUAGCACCAGAUAUAAGUCCAGUGGUGCCACAUAAUAUUAUGGGCGCAUUGAAAAAGUAUGACUGGGGUGCUUUAUCUUUUGAUAUAAAAGUAUGCAAAACAAACCUUCCAAGUAGAUCAGCAAUGCGGGGCCCUGGAGAGGUGCAAGGAUCAUAUAUUGCGGAAGCUGUAAUUGAACAUGUAGCAUCAUCUCUCUCCAUGGAUGCAGAUUCCGUGAGAGCCAUAAAUCUCCACGCUUAUGAUAGCUUAAAGUUAUUCUAUGAUAUUGGAGCUGGAGAACCUUUGGAGUACACUUUAAUUUCAAUUUGGGAUAAGGUAGCGACAACUUCUAGCUUUUUCCAAAGGACUGAAAUGGUAAAAGAGUUUAACAGCUGUAAUUUGUGGAGGAAAAGAGGUGUUUCUCGAAUACCUAUUGUGCAUGAAGUGAUGCUGAGGCCAACUCCAGGAAAAGUAAGCAUUUUAAGUGAUGGAUCUGUUGCUGUUGAAGUUGGGGGAAUAGAGCUGGGCCAGGGGCUCUGGACAAAAGUAAAACAGAUGGUUGCAUUUGCUCUUGGUUCAAUCAAAUGUGCCGGAGCAGGAGACCUCUUUGAUAAAGUACGAGUUGUACAGUCUGAUACUUUGAGUUUAAUUCAAGGUGGGUUUACCUCUGGGAGCACUACAUCUGAGUCCAGCUGUGAAGCAGUUAGAAUGUGCUGUAAAGUUUUGGUUGACAGACUAACUCCUCUAAAAGAUAGGUUGCAGGUGCAAAUGGGUUCUAUAAGAUGGGAGACGCUUAUUCGCCAGGCCUAUCAAGAAGCAGUGCACUUGUCAGCGAGUUCUUUUUUUGUUCCUGACUCUACUUCCAUGAAAUACUUGAAUUAUGGUGCUGCAGUGAGUGAGGUGGAGGUGGACCUUCUUACAGGACACACAACAAUUUUGAGAUCAGAUAUUAUAUAUGACUGUGGACAAAGUCUUAACCCUGCCGUGGAUCUGGGACAGAUUGAAGGAGCUUUUGUCCAGGGAAUUGGGUUUUUCAUGCUUGAAGAAUACACUACAAACUCAGAUGGACUAGUGAUUGAGGAAGGUACAUGGACAUACAAGAUCCCUACAAUAGACACCAUUGCAAGACAAUUCAAUGUGGAAAUUCUUAACAGUGGACAUCACCAAAAGCGUGUUCUCUCCUCAAAAGCCUCUGGUGAGCCACCAUUGCUCCUAGCUGCAUCAGUUCACUGUGCAACAAGAGCUGCUAUUAAGGAUGCCCGGAAACAGCUUCAGUUAUGGGGUUGCCAAGAUGGUCUCCGUUCAACAUUCGACUUGGAGGUCCCUGCCACCAUGCCUAUAGUGAAGGAACUAUGUGGGCUAGACAGUGUGGAGAAGUACUUAAAAUGGAAAAUAAGCAGCAAGUGAAUGGUGAAUUCUUAAAAGCAGACUUUAUAAUGGAUGCAGAAUUGUUGAUUUUAUAUGUACACAAAUCACACCGAGUAAGUUGACCAUCAAUAUAGAUACAAUAAUACCAUGUGAAAUAAUUUUUUUUUUUUUUUUUACCUGGCCUAUGCUGUUAAAUUAACCUGUAUAUCAUAUUAGAAUAAAAUUCUUGUUAUAAUUGCUGUAAUUACAAUACAACGUUAUUGGGGAUUCAGAAAUACCCUGAAAUUUGAUUUGUUAUAAGACUAAUGUUUUGAAUUGAAUUCUUUCUAUCA